AUGGGUACUUUACAGGCCAUUCGUCACGAGAAGCUCUCGCUCUCUGCCAACAGUGGUAGCGUUCAAUCUCGACAUUCCGGCCUGAAAAGCUUCGACCUCGAGGCUACUCACGUCAAGAGUUCCCCGUACGACGACCUCACCAACCACCUAACCCUGCGGAAUCUGGAUGCUCACAGCCGCCUCUUUGCGAUUUCACUCACAUCACUGGAGCCUGUGAGAGAAGACUACGCCACAACGCCAUGGCCGGAAGCAUUCAAUUGGCCUACUGUGUUCACUCGCCUUCGAGCAUUAUGUCAGAUAAGUGGCGUGAAGUGGCAGAAGCGAGAGUUCUACGUCGUGACGUUUCGGUCAGUACGGAAGCGAAAUGCAGAUGUCGACUUGGUGUCAGGGUUGGACCAGCAAUCACAUAGAGAGGCUUGUGAGAGCGGUGGAUUGUUGAAGUACUGGUUCGGCAGCUGUGACUCUGAGAUGCGAAACCUGGCGACUUGCAUCUGGCGAUGCCAAGAGGACGCCAUUGCCGGCGGUAGUGGUCCAUGGCAUCGCAGGGCUCGAAUGGCGUCGAAAGACCUCUACGAACACAUCGACUUCCGUACGCACAAGCUCGUGGUCGACGACAAUGCUACAAGUUGGCGACUCGAAGACUAUACACAGGUCUGA